GCGCCCUUAUAUACGCUAUCGUUGCGACGCGCCUCCGGUCUGGGGCAAGCCGCCUACAAAUUGAUCGGGAAGGAGCUGCCCCUCGCAGCCCGGGCGCCAAAUUUGACCGUGUCUUAUGCCUCCAGGGGCGGGAGAAUAUCCAGUGAAAAUGCAGCCGCGCGCGCGUGACCUUGCCAAUGCCAUUUACCGGCGGUUGGUCGAGAGAUCGGCGCCCGAGGGAGAGAGAGGAGGGGACGGUGAGUCGAGAGCGCGAGGGCGGGCAGCCUUACCUGCGUGGGAGGAGGUCGCUUUCGACGCUCGAUCCCGCUCUGAUUGUGGCGCUGACGCCUGCGCAUGGGACAACGUGGCACAAACGUUCGCUGCUGCUCAUUCGACGCCCAAAGCCUCUGCGGGCGAUCUGUCACAAACAAGGAAACAAGUGGGCAGCCCAGUCGAAAUCAAGUGCCCAAUGACCGCUGAGCGCAUCACAGUGAUAUAGAUCUACAGCUGGAAUCGUGAACACCGAGAACCUACAGCUGCGGACAUCACUGAUGGACCUGCCCCAUUUGGGGAUAUCGCCGAGGCGGGCACUUCGCGAGCUCAGACAACCGUGAAAGCCUCACAGAACGGUAGAGCGCCAUUGAAAACCCCCGUCUACAUACCCGUUUUGUGGGCCCUUCCACCAGCUCGUCAUGAAGCGUGCGAAGGGUCCCUAGGUGGC